GACGUAUUGAUACUCUCAGCAUUAUAAAUUCUCUUCCUGCCUGCUCAUAAGUUUGUAGACGUCCAAAACUAAUUAAGUCAACUCGAUUCGGUUUUAACUUGAGAGACGCACCUUUUGUUUUGAGUGAACCUUUACUUUCCGCUCGCCUGUCUGUCCAAACAGGUUCGAACUUUGAGGAGCACACAUCUGUCGGAAGAACAGGAAACUUUACAACUCACCUUUGUGUACGAGGAACAGAUCGAAGGAGGACUUUCAACAAACACGUUUCAUACUAUUAAGAUGUGGAUUGCUCUUGUGCUUGCCGCCCUCGCGGUUGGAGCUUCUGCCCAAAGCUGUUCAUGUAACACAAUGAAGUGGGCCACCUGUGAUGGAAAUCCAUGUGAGUGUUAUGUCAUGAUUGGUGAGCAAAUGAAACAGACGCUUGACUGCUCUUCAUUGAUCCCCAAGUGCUUCUUGAUGAAAGCUGAGAUGUACAGAGCCAACAAAGGGUUGGACACUCGUACCAUUGGAGGAAAGCCUGUCGAGACCGCUUUUGUGGACAAUGACGGCAUCUAUGACCCAGAGUGUGAGAACGAUGGCAAAUUCAAGGCCAAGCAGUGCAACAACACAGAGGAGUGUUGGUGCGUCAACAGCGCCGGUGUUCGACGUACAGACAAGGGAGACAAGAACCUUAAGUGCGAGAAGCUGGUUGAGACCUACUGGGUCCGUCUUCAGCUGACGCACAAACCGGUGACGGGUUCUGUGGAUGCUAAUAAAUUGAAGGUGGCUAUUGCCGAUGCUAUCCACAAGCGUUAUGCCAACUUUAACAAGGACAUGGUCAAAGAGAUUCAGUAUGACCCUGAUGCCCGCAUGAUUGUGGUGGAUGUGAAGAAGCCCAAGGGAGAGCGCAAGAGCGAUCUGACCAAAAUGGCCUACUACAUGGAGAAAGAUGUGAAAGUGCUGCCGCUGUUCAAGAACCAGGAGAAAUUUGAGCCCCUUGUGGACACCCAGAGAAUGGAGAUGGAGAACAUUUUGGUGUAUUAUGUGGAUGAGGAGGCCCCGACUUUCACCAUGAAGCAUCUUACGGGUGGAAUCAUUGCUGUCAUCGUGGUGGUCGUGCUGGCUGUGGUGGCCGGCCUGCUGCUACUGUUCUUCUUGAGAAGGCGCCAGAGUCAGAGGUACAACAAAGCUCAGCAAAGAGAGAUGGGUCGCAUGUAAAUUCUUCAUCGCUGCACCAGGCCAAAGUCCUCAUUGGAUGCACAUACUUGCAGUGUGCCAUACCCUGUUCUCCGAGGAAGAUACAUUUUAAAACUUGUCUUGUAACUCAUUAUUAUUCUUUCACUUUUGACUCGGCAUGAGGCUAGAUUUUUUGUUUUACUGUUUUUGUGCUUUCUUACUGUCUUGAUUAUUAAUUUAUUUUUUUAUUGUGUGUUGUUGUAUGAAUUAUUUUUGCUCCAUGUACAGCGGUAUUAAAAUGCUUUAUAAAUACACUUGAGUCGAGUUGAGUUAUUGGCAGCAUUCAAACUGCCUUCUAUUUUCCCAGCGUUCCCACAAGAUCAUAAAAAGUCUCAAAAGCAUGGAAUGUACGAAUUUGGAAAUAAUACCUUAAAAAGUAUUGAAUUUUAAUAUCUGGGUCCCACAUUUUCCUUUCAAGUGUCAUUUUGAUUAAAAGGGAAACAUUGAGAAUGCAUUGUUGUCCCAGUUCAAAAAUACAACUUGAGUUCACUGAAGAUCAUGAGCUGGUCCACAAAUGUGCCUUUUUUUAAUGGGUUUAUUGUUUCCCACACAUAGCCACCAUUUCAUGAGUGAUGUUGGGAAAUGUAAAUUCAUCAAGUCCGGGUUGAGUAAAUAAUCCCACUCAACUUUGGCUCAAACUGGUGGAGCGCAGUGUGUCCAAGGCUUUCUGCAUCCUAUGCAAAAAAUAAAAA